AUGGGAAAUUCUCAACUCGUGGUUCGUGAUGAUGAUCCUUCUCAUGAUGAUGAUCCUGAGGAGGAUGAGAAAGAAUGGAAGGAUAGAGAGAUAGCUCAUCCUACUCGUAAGAGUACCAUUUUGGUGAAAAGAAUGGUGGGUCGGGUUCUUCCGGAUCGUUUCUUGCGUUCCAGUUCAGUGGUUUUUCAAGAGGGAUCAGAACGGAAGAAGAGUGAUGAUACUCUCGAGAUCUCGGAUCAUUCUGGUGGAAUUACAAAUUCCUUGAUGAUGAUGGGAUCUUCUUCGUUUGAAAAUGGUGGUCUUGUUGAACUAUGUACUGAAUUUAUUUCCUAUCGGAGAAGUUUUUAUGAACGACAUGAGGAAUAUACCAUUCAAUUUGAACAACGUAAUGCGAGUUGUAAAUUAUUGAACACGAGAGAGGGAUUGAUUACGGUAGAUAUUAUUGAGAUGAUUAAAAGUUAUUUGCCAUUGGAAGAUUGUUGUAGUUUGGCACUGACAUGUAAAUUGGCAUGGUUUUACUGGUUUGGAGAUCAACAGUUUUGGUGGAACCGUUUGAAAGGAACACAAAUAAUGACACACUUUGUUAAAUAUCGUCCGUUUUUAUGGAGUCAUAUUAAGGUGAGAGAUUGGAAGGAAUUGUGUCUUCAUAUCAAAUAUUCAUGUCAAUGGAAACAAAUAUGUCGGGAGUGUACUGUUGAUUUCUCGAAUUCUGAGUCAACUAGUGUGCCAAUUUACGACUUUUAUUAUGCUUGCAAAGUCGAUAAGGAGCAUGAAGAAAUUCAACAAUUAACAGAAACAGCAACAUCUCAGACUUUGGUGACCUUGAAUGGUAUGCGUUACAAAUCGAGGUUUGGAACGCUCGCACAGGAUGAUAAUUUAAGGAAUACCACAGGAGCAACUUGUGUACUUUUUAUCAAUGUUGGUUAUAAUGGGAAUGGUACAAACGCUUUUAAAAUCAAGUCAAUGUUUUCCACAUAUUGCGACCGAGUUAGGUUUUUGAUUUUGGUGUAUAAUUUCACAAAAGCUGAGAAUCACGAGGAAGUUGGUAAAAGCUUUUCUCAUUCUGUCAACAUGAGAGAGAUUCAAUUUUGGAGAGAACAGUCCUUUCUAUUUAAUACUCCAUAUUUGGAGGUAUUGGAAGACCAGAGAUUCUCAAUCAAUCGCACCCAGUUGAUUGCCAUGAUCAAGAAAAUGCACAUGUGGAACGUGCUGACCCAUGUUGGAAGACCAAAAAGCACAGAAGCCUCAAAAAUGUUAGAAUCGUUUUUACUGUCUUUUCGACAAGAUUUAAAGUAUAGUUAA